ACACCUUCAGAUAGCCAUCUCAAGUUUUAGUGUUAUGUUGGAGAAUCCUGUGUGAAGAUCUUAGGAGUCAUGGAGGCCGAGCCGCAGGCAGGAAAGGAGGAGGUCCCAGGUAAGAUGGGUACCGGCGACGACGCGUGCGAGGUGCAGCAGGAAGCGGGUAUCGAAGAAACCGGCGACGAUGACGGGGGGGGUGGCGGCAAGAAGACGGGCUCGCUGGCUCCGUCUCUCCUCGCGCUUCACCCUUCCGGCUCGCCUGUCUUCACCACCGCCGGUGCCGCUAUCCGAGGCUUCGAUCUUAGUUCGGGUUCGGCGGUCGCGUUCAAGAGCGGAGACGGUGCGGAGCGAGCAGUGGCUCAUGCGGACGCCAUCCGAGCCGUCUGCGUGGACCCCACCGGCCGUGUCGUGGCGACGGCCGGCGACGAUAAGAUCGUCAACCUCUGGGUCAGGGAGAAUGCGUCGACGUUAAACAGCUGGAUCUGCUGCCAUAAGGAGAAGGUGCCAAAGCGGGUGAGCGCUAUGGGGUUCAACAGCGACGGCCGCUAUCUGCUCUUCGCUGACAAGUUCGGCGUCGUGCACGCCCUCGCCGUGCCUCCCUUCGCCAACGAAUCAGCGUCGACCAUCCCUUCGUCGAGCAACCAAUUAGCGAUGGAGACUGCGAAGCAGCUGCUGGGGCACUGCUGCAGCAUUAUCACGUGCCUCGCGGUUUCGCACGGCAGUCGCUUCAUCGCGACCGGCGAUCGGGACGGAAAGAUUCGUGUAGGUGUCCGUGUUUCCCGACCAUCCGCUGGAAGGCGCGCAUGAGAUUCAGAGCUUCUGUCUCGGACACACAGGUUUCCUGACAGCGCUAGCCUUCGUCGGCGAGCCCGCAUCAGCCAAGCGCUGCGAGACCGAUGGCACAGUCGCCGCAAGCGAUGGGUCGCAGCCGCUGCUUCUAUCCGCUGCCGCUGAUGCCACGGUUCGUCUGUGGGAUCCCCAAGACGGCCGCUGCCUGCAGGUGCUGCGCAUGCCCCCUCCGCCCGCGCCCGCACUGGGGGAAGGCCCCUCCCCCAUGGCUGUCGAUCCCGCGGAUGGGCGCGGAGAACUCGCGGAAGCUGAGGGGAAAGGCUCGGUGGAAACUGAGGGCGUAGCUAACUCUGAAGGAGAGGCAGGCGGGAGCAGAGGUGGAAGGACAGGGGGGGCAGCCGACGGCUUAUCGCUGGUAGCAGUGGCGGUCGACUCGAGUGGCUGCUUGGUCGCAGGCGCUGUUGCCGGCUCACCGCACGUUUGUCUGCUGCGCUUCGACCCUGCAGCACGCGCUCUGCAACUCGUUCAGUGGAUCACCCUCAAUGAUGGAGUGCCACCCACCAGCCUCGCCUUUUCUCCAGAUGGCAAGAUUUGGACGGUAGCUGGAGCUGCCGAGUCCCUUCCCAGCGAGGACAGCGUUGUGACGCCGGAAGCAGAGGCUGCAGCUGCUGCCACUGCGGCUCGCAUUGCCCUCGCUGCUGUUGCUCGGAUUCUUGUCCUGAGCCCUGCCCCGGCUGCUGCUGCUGCUGCCACUGAAGGUGCUACUGCUGGUGCUGCAGGUGCUGCUGCUGAUGCCGCUGGAGAUACCACUGGAGCAUUGAGGAGUUUAAACCAAGAGGAUUCAGGGAGUGAGAAGUAUCAAGUGUUGCCUGAUGGGGAAGUGCCAGGUGGCAAUGAUCUACUGGUUGCUCUGCAGGGGUCUGUGUUGGAAGAUGUGGCAGAUGCGGCUAGGGAGGCAGCCAAGGGGGCGGUGGAUGGGUUGUGGGGAGCGAUGAGGAAGAAAGACUAUGGGGAGGAUGAGAGGGAGAGCAGAAAGCGCCGGCGCAAUGACAAGAAGUCGAAGGCUGCGAAUUGAUUUGGGUUGGCUGAAGUGCAGGCUUCAGUUCAGACUGAUGUAUUUAGAUUACUAUUGUUGAGUUCUUUGACCCGUCAAUGUUACAUCAAGCUCGUACCUGCUUAUCAAUGAGCAAUUUGGGUACAGCUAGAGGAACCCUGCUACCAUCAAUUAUAA